AUGUCUGGAUGCAAUCAACAUUCCGGCAAGUAUUGGUCGAUUCAAGAUGGAGUGAUAUCCUCUAACGCUCAAAUUUCUCGUUUAGAUUCUCCGCCGUCUCUUUCCAAUACGGAGAUUAACAAAUCCGGUAGAAAUUCACUGACAACACCUCAGCUUAUUUCUGCAAUUCGCCACUUAUGGGGUUCUGCUUUUCGGCCGAAGGAAAAUGUGUAUCGAGAUGAUGAUGACAAAGGAUUCUCGAAGAGAAAUGGUUUGCUUAUUUCUAAUACAACUGAUUAUUAUUGUGUUAAUCCAGGUGCUACUACUUGCUUCGGUUCGCUUAUUCUGCAGGAGAAAUUGGAUUUCCCUAAGGUAACACACAAGAUCUUGAUACUUAAAUCUUCUUAUGGAAAUCGAGACUAUGUUCGUUCUUUAUUCCAGAGAGUUUUGCAAACACAUGAUAAAAAUUCGAAUGAAUAUUGUGUUACUGAACCGGAGAACCUGGAAACUAAUUCUUUGGUUGCCAGGGACUGUGUUACUAUUGACACGGGUACCGCUUCAUUGGCUAAUCAAAACUAUGUAUGCAAUCCUGAUGUACUAAUACCUGAAGCUUCGUCAUUAUCUAAUGAUGCAGUUAACUCACUGUGUUCAGACUAUUUUCUUCAAACUGUGCCGGAUAAUCAGAUGGAAGUUGGUGUUUGUCAGACCCUAUCUUCUAGUAUCUAUGCAGAUUAUCGUAUUAACAGCUCUUUAGCUACCUCUAACACUGCUUCUGUGCAAUGCCGGUAUAAGAUUGAUGAUAAUCAAUUAAAGGGAAUACGAACAAGACAUUUAUCAGAUGUAAGUGAUAAUGAACGUAAGGUUCAGAUCUUCUCUGCGAAUCAUAAGCAGGCUUCCCAUUCCUUAGCCAAGCAAGAACAUGCUUUUUCUGGGGCCAUGGCUGGAAUAUGUGUCAGCUGUUGUCUGCAUCCUGUUGACACAAUCAAGACAGUCCUUCAAUCAUGCCGUGCAGAACAGAGGUCCAUCUUUUACAUUGCCAAAUCAAUUGUUUCUGAUAGAGGUUUUCCUGGACUAUAUCGGGGAAUUACUACAAAUAUUGCAUGUUCAGCUCCAAUUUCUGCGGUUUAUACUUUCACUUAUGAAUCAGUUAAAGCAGCUUUGCUUCCUUAUCUGCCAAAGGAGUAUUAUUCUUCUGCCCAUUGUGUGGGAGGUGGUUGUGCAAGCAUUGCUACAUCUUUCAUCUUUACUCCUAGUGAGCGAAUAAAGCAGCAGAUGCAAAUUGGGUCUCAUUAUCGCAACUGCUGGGAUGCAUUGAUUGGAAUUAUCAAAAAUGGUGGUCUUUCCUCGCUAUAUGCGGGUUGGAAAGCUGUAUUGUGCCGAAAUAUCCCACAUUCAAUGAUCAAGGUUAGUAGCUGUUUUCAAUAUUCAAUGCAUGUUCCUAUUGAAGUAACUUUACACCAGUCGGAUUUCUGUCACAAAAGUACGAGGGGGAGGCUGGCAUGA